GAACGCGUGUUGUCGAUCGCAUUGUGGCCGACGUUUCCGUCUCCUUCUCUGUACUGCCUCCAUAAUUCAAGUCUGUCAGGCUUUCACCGUGGUGCAUCAAUUCCAUCCAAUUGCUUCGUUGCAGAUUGUUGCUUCUUUCAUCGCUCCUUCGGCGCCCCGCCCCGCAAACGUCAUCUUCUUGGACCCUGAACCACAGGCAGCGACGCACGCAUCAAUAAGUUUCCCUGCUUCAUCGCGCAACCCUCUGCCACGACACCCACAAGCACAAUGCGUUUCUCGACAACAGCUGUCCUUGCCCUGCCGGCGCUCGCGCUCGCUGAGCAGCAGAUUCCCCUCUUCGACAAGCUGAAGGGUUACCUCAACCAGGCGACGGCGUCUGUGGCCGCUGUGAUCCCCUCGGCGCCAUCAGUGCCCUCUGCGCCCGUCGAGGCGGCAGCAGCCAAGGCCGCCGCGGCAGUCCAGUACCCUCUGACGCUCGAGAACUGGAAGGAGGUUCUGACGGUGGACCCCACUGUCAGCGCGCCGGCGACACAGGAGUGGCUUAUUUUUGUCACUGGCGGCAACAGCACAUGUUACGGUUUCUGCGGGCCUGCUGAGAAGGCAUGGAACGCAUCUACCGCUAUCGUUGCCGCCGCGCCCUCGUCGCCCAAGCUCGGCUACCUCGACUGCGAGAAGGAGAACAUCCUCUGCAACUCGUGGUCUAUUGGCGCGCCCUCUCUGAUCAAGUUCCGCAUCCCCAAGCCGCUGGCUGACCAGUCUGCGCCCGUUCCCGAGUACCGCUACAAGCCCCUGAACCGCACCUCGACCACGACCGAGACGUUCAAGGAGCUUGUCCUUGAGAACAAGAUUGACGAGAUUGCUCCCUACGAGGGUCCUUUCCACCCCUUCAACGGCAUCCUCCAGCAGUACAACCUUGCCAUUCCUUUCGGAUACGUCACCUGGGGCUUCUCCAAGAUGCCCUCCUGGCUGCCCAUGAUCCUCAUCUCGUUCUUCAGCAGGACCUUCAUGAGCAAGCGCAUGAACCCGGGAGCCCCUGCCCAGGGUGCUGCUGCACCAGCGGCCGCUCGCUAAGCUCUGGUGCCUCUGCAGACACAGCAGCAGUACGAAACCAAUACUGCCACUACUGUACAUGGACACGACUUGGAUUGUUAGGAAUCUCAGUUUUUGCGUCUGCAUUAGCUUCGGCUUCUUCGAAAAGACGUGCCAAGGAUGAACAACGCGGGGACGAUGGCGUUUCACGUAGCUAGGAUAAUGUGAAUCUGAACGACCGAGCACUUUGCCUGUGAAUUGAAUUUCGA